UAAUGAAGUGAAAUUGUGACCAGGAACAAUAUUUUCUUAUUACGAACUGCCAAGCUUUAAUUCUCUGUUACGAAAAGCACAGUUGGCAACACUUGACUUCACUCUUGUCUCAAACAAAAACAAAAACAACAACAGCGAAAAUAAUCUGCACAAUAUUACAUCGUUUCUUAAUCUUAAUCCUAUUUCCGCUGGCAUUGGCAUAUUAGUGGUUAGAGUUUGGAAAUUUUAUUUGGUGACAAGGAAAAGAGUAUUAUAACCGCCAUGUCCAAGCAAGGGUUUGUUGAAGCUGCUGCGCAACCAUCGCUUGUGCCUUCAGCUCCACCUUCGUAUGAUGAAGCCAUGCAGCAAGCUAGUGCUCUGGCACCAAUGCCAGGCCAUUCGGUUCAGCAGCAACCAAUGGCCAUGCCAAUGCCUCCACCACAAGCAAUGCCGAUGUCUCAGUAUCCAUCUCAACCAAUGCCUAUGCCUAUGCCUAUGCCCAUGCCCAUGCCCCAACCUGGUCCUUACUAUCCGUCCGGACCAGCUGCCUCAACUGAGGUAAAUGUACAAACAGUUCAUUCUGGUGGUCCAACUGUAGUUUACACUUCUUUGGGUAGAGACAGUGCUCUCACUGUUUGUCAUAAGUGCAAUUCUCAAGUAAUGACUUCUACAAAUACAAGCAAUAAGUGUUUAGCUCAUUGUUGCUGCUGUUGCCUCAUGUUAUCGGGAAUAGGUCUGCUUUGCUGCUGUCUUCCCUACUGCAUGGAUUCAUGCAAAAUAGUGAAGCAUUCAUGUCCCAAUUGUAAGGCAACUUUGGGAACGUACAGGCCAUGAGGGUGAAUAAUCAUGAACAACCUUAUGAGGAAUGUGAUGUUUGUAAGUUUCCAUCCGACCUGCAUUUUUAAACUAUAAUCGUUAAUGUUCAUGUUCCACAUUUUCAAUCCAUUAUUUUUUUGUAUGAAUGGUUGCAUGGUAUAUUGUGUAUUUUCUCCAGCGUGGACUCUUGCAUUUUUGUUUAGCAGUUGCUUGAAGAAUCCAGUUAUUGCUGUUAUCCAUCCAUCUAAUCUAUGACAUCAGUCAUUCAGUGGUAUUAAAUAAAGAACUUGCUAUUUCCUUUCCUCCUGUCUCAGAGCAGAGCUUGUCUAUAGUUUAGGAACGAACUCCUCUGGAAAACAAUUUACUGGAAUACCAUUUGUAACAUUCUGCAAGUAUGUACUGAAAAUAAGAUAUAAUUAUCUCUAAUCUAAAUUCUAAGAAAGUAAGCAUCUACCAAUUAAAGGUUUAGAUGACACAAUUAUUAUUAUUUUAUACUGGUAAAGUGAUAAUCAUAAGAAUGCUAUGAAGAUGGUUGAGUUUAUAUGGUAUUUUCUUAGAUCUGUGGUUCAGUUAUCUCCUCAGUUUUUGUAAUAAUUUGAUCAAGACCUUUUUUUUCCUGUACAAUUUGUGUCAUUACAUAAAUUGCAUCCAUUUGUGCCUUUAGUGUAAGCAUACUGUUUUUCUGAGAUCUAUGUUAAAUGGCCAUGUUAUUGAAAGAACACAUUCUGUAUUAGAGACUGAGUUCUAAUCUACUUAAUCUCAUAAGUAUGGUUUUGUACAAAUUUUGUUACCAAUGUGCUCAUUGCAAAGUUGCUUGUAUUUACAAGAAAACCAAGCCCAAUGAACUUACAGGGUAUUAUCUCAAUGAUGUUAUACCCUUUCAUGGGAGGAAGGGGGGGGACAUUGACCUAAGUGUUCUCGUCCAAUCCACUUUUCUUUGUAUUUUGUUAAAAACUUUAGUGAUAGAUUUUUAGAAAAGUGCUUCUGUUAGUAUUCCAUUUAUUUUGUUUGGUCGUUUUUUAAGCUUUUGGAAAAUAUAUUGGAAUGGGGUAAUUUUUACCCUGGCUGUGACUGCACUUUGGUCAUUCCAAAUCCUGUGAAAGUGAAAGUGGCUAUUGUUAUUGCUCAAAUAAGUUUUAAAAACACCACAUACUUGUGAACGUCAGAUUCACUUUGACUUUCGGUGCUUUGUAUUUUUAGUUUUAUGUAUCUGAAAACAAAAAUAAAAUUUUCAAAAAAGUUCA